CAAGGCUCGAAUCACCCGACCUGGCGCGCGCCGCCUCUGGACGGGUCGAUGACCUUGCCCGAGAUGCUGUGCUGGCACGGGCAACAUAACCCCGCGCAUCCGUUUGCCGUCCUGGCCCCCGAUCACGAAGGAGAAGUAGAAGCCGUUAUCACCUGGCACGAAGUCAGCGGAGCGAUCUUUCGGCUGGCUGCGAAGUUGCGGGAAGACGUAAGCGAUGGACUGAUCGAUGGCAAGCCGCCUGUGGUUGGCAUCCUCGCUUUCCCAGAAACACUCACGUAUGUUACUUGGGUAUGUGCAAUCGUCGCUGCGGGGUAUGCGCCCUUCCCUCUCAGUCCACGAAACUCUUUUCCUGCGUUCGAACAUCUUCUCAAGACGACCAACUGCCGGUACCUUAUCGGUUCUCUCCCUAGUCCGGACAAACCGGCUUCGGCGUUGCAGCAGAUAGCGGUUCAGUUGGUGGAGCAUAUCCCAGGAUUGGGGAUCAUCGAAGCGCCGAAAUUCGACGUGCUCUACCCUCGGCUGGCAAGUUGGCCUCCCGCUGCAUAUGGAUCCGCCGCCGAUGUCCUGCCGACCUUCAAGCCCUCACCCAGUGGGCGCGAUGCCCCGCUUAUGAUAAUUCACUCCUCCGGGUCCACCUCCUUCCCGAAGCCGAUCCCGCUCUCCGAUGCCGCGUUCAGCAACUGGGGAAGGUCGCCUUGGUACCAGGACGACGACUUUUGUGGUACGAGGUGGGGGAUCAUGUCCAUGCCGAUGUUUCAUAUUGCCGGGCUGGCAUUUGGACUAGGGUGGACUGUUUGCAGCGGGACAACUGCGGUCUUCUUCAAGCCACAAGAGACACCAGCGAUGCCCACGCCAGGAACGGUCUUGCGCGCAGCCAGACUGGGCAAGGCAGACUACAUAUUCACCGUUCCCAGCAUCUGUGUCGAAUGGGCUCAAGACGCGGAGGCAGUCGCAUUCCUCUCGACUCUCAAGGCGGUGAGAUUCGGCGGUGGUCCGCUUCCCGAAGAGCCUGGGCAUCGCCUAGUGGAAGGCGGAGUCAAGCUCCAAACUGCCUAUGGCAUGACGGAAACUGGUCCUGUAUUCCGAGCAGACUCGGUAACCAUGCUAGGAGGGAAGGAGUGGAUGUAUGCUCCCUUCAUGCCCCAUCUUGGCGUCAAAUUGAUUGAUGAAGGAAACAAUGCGUACCGGCUCGUUCUCAUGGAAACCAGUAAUUUCCACGUAGCUGUAUCCAAUUUCGACGCAGAAGUACGCGCGUUCGACACCAAUGACUUGUUGGAACCGCAUCCCACACGUGCCGGGUACUGGAAGGUUAUCGGACGUGCGGACGAUCAAAUCAUGAUGUCGAAUGGGGAGAAGACGAACCCUGGUCCCCUCGAGUCGAUCAUCGUGAGCAGCCCACACAUAAACGCGGCGAUCAUGUUCGGGAGGGCUCGCACGCAAGCCGGCGUAUUAGUCGAGCCCCGUGACCCCAUCAACAUUCACGACGAGAACGAAAUAGCCAAGUUCCGAAAUUCCGUAUGGGACGAUAUCCACAAAGCUAACACGUUCGCACCCCAGCAUUCACGGAUUUUCAAAGAGUUCAUCCUUGUCUCUGAUCCGGUGCAGAAGCCUUUGUUGCGGACUCCGAAGGGUACCAUCGCUAGGAACGCAUCGUUGCAGUUGUACGCCGACGACAUCGAGCGCAUAUAUGAAGCUGCCGCUCGGCCUACGCAAGAAGAAUGGGCCCAGCCUCCUGAUUCGUGGGACGAUAUCGGCAUCCAUCAAUUUGUAGUCCGCGUCGUCAACGGAGUUAUGCGCGGCGAUCAUGCAAACGCAUCUGAAGUGAAUGAGACUCGCGAUCUGUUUGAACAAGGAUGUGACAGUCUGCAAGCAACGUACAUUCGAGCAGCGAUUGCAAACGCUCUUCUGGAAGCACCCAGGUCGAAUGGUGCGCGCAAGAUCCCGACGGUCGCGGUGCCCCAGAAUCUGGUCUUCCUUUAUCCGUCGAUCAGGAACCUGGCAUCCUUCGUGCGGAAUGCGAUCACUGGAAAUACAACGAAUAGCAAAAAUGCCCAGGAGGCGUCGUUGAAGCAAAUGCUUGAUAUGGUCGAGCAGUACUCGAAGGAUCUUCCCAUUCACCACUCAACUGCCGGGGCCUCAGGCAGGCAAGAAGAAGUAGUGCUUCUCACCGGAUCCACCGGAACUCUCGGCACAUACAUUCUUCAGCAACUCUUGGUGGAUUCCCGUGUAUCGCAUGUGUACGCCCUCAAUCGUCCCAGUGUCAGCAUGGAUGUUCGGAGCAGGCAACGUGUUUCGUUCGAGGAUAGGGGCGUGGAUCUCACGUUGCUCGAAUCGAGCAAGUUAUCGCUCAUCGAGGGCGACACGACAAAGCCUGACCUCGGAUUAAGUGAUUCGCUGUUGAAACAGGUUAAGAACAGUCUGACGACCAUCAUCCACAAUGCCUGGCGUCUCGACUUCAAUCUCUCGCUCUCGUCCUUCGAAUCUCACAUCAAGGGAGCACGAAACCUCGUCAACCUCGCUCUAGGCUGUUCUGGCCCAUCGCCCGCUCAUUUCAUCUUUACGUCCACGAUCGGAGCAGCAAGCAACUGGAAGGAGAACCGCGCUGUGCCCGAAGAGCCGUUGGAUGAUCCCGCAGUUGCGUUAGGCAACGGCUACGGGCAGAGUAAAUGGGUUACCGAGCGGGUGUUGCUAGCUGCCACCCGGGAACGGGAGAUGCGCACGACCAUCUGGCGCGUGGGCCAGCUCUCGGGCUCAACAGCCAACGGAGCGUGGAACACGACUGACUGGAUUCCUAUUAUUGCCAAGAGUAGUGUCGCCUUGGGAGGCCUGCCGGCUUCUCCUCAGGGAACGGUCGAUUGGCUGCCCACGGACAAAGGGGCUUCAGCGAUUAUCGACAGCCUGUACACGCCCUGCAGCUCGGACAAAUCCAAGUACUUCAAUCUGGUUCAUCCGAAGCCCACUUCCUGGACCUCUGUGUUCGAGUGCAUGUCCAAGGAGCUCUCGAUCCCUCUCAUCCCCUUCGGAGACUGGGUCAGCAAGGUCGAGCAAGCUACUUCCGACGGCACACCAGGUGCCGUCGAGCGUAUACCAGCAAUCAAGAUCCUCGAUUUCCUCCGACGCGCGGCCGGGUCCAGUGGGGAGGUGCAAGAGCGGACGAGGUUCGAGACUGCUGAUGCGGUCCGGGUCAGCACGACGCUCCGGGAUCUCGAGCAGCUGGGUGAGGCUGAUGUGCGGAAAUGGCUGGGAUACUGGAACAAGCAUGGGAUG